GCCAAACAUUUGCGCGCCGAAAUGUUUGUCUCCGGCCGGACGGAUUACUCGCGACCGAAUAUUUACACAUCCCCGACGUGGGGAAGUCGAAGCACUCCGAGCUCGUACGUUCAAGCUACGCCGGCGUCGAUCUUUGUCGUAUGCGUUCGUAGCCCUUCCAUUCGCCAAUCCAGCUGCUGGUCGAGACCUGAAAGUUCGUCUCAACGAGUGACCGAUUCACCCAUGGCCAUUGGAGAGAUCGUUUUGGGUUCCUUCUUUCAGGUCCUUUUCGUCAAGUUGGCUUCUCACACAUUGGGCUAUGCACAACGCGAAGGAAUCAGCACCGCCCUGCUUGAGUGGAAGGAGAUGUUGGUCACAAUCAAUGCAGUGCUGGCUGAUGCAGAGGACAAGCAACUCAAUGGUAACCCUUUAGUGAAGCUGUGGCUGGACAAUGUUAGGGACUUGGCCUAUGACAUGGAAGACUUGCUCGAUGAGUUCACGAUCGAAGCCGCUCAGGCUAAGUCGAAGGCAGAAUCCAGCACAAGCAAAGGUCAGGUGAAAGGGAAGUUCUCUUUCUUUGGCCUAUAUAAAUCCUUUGGAUCAAAUCCAAACCCACGAUGGCUCGAGUUUGAAACCAAGGUACAAGAGAUCAAUGGCAGGUUGAGAGCGAUUGUCACGGAGAAGGCUUGUUUAAGCUUGAGAGAGAAUGUUGUGGAUAGAUCCAACUACACCUAUAAAAGGGAUCCUAGCACUUCUCUACUGGAGCCUCAGUUUUUCGGCAGGGAGAAGGAAGAAGCACAGAUACUCGAAAUAUUGAUCCGUGAGGUCGAAAAUUAUGAUGCCGCACUAAGCAUAGUCCCCAUAGUUGGGAUGGGCGGUGUUGGAAAGACGGCAUUGGCUCAGCGACUAUAUAAUGAUGCCAGAGUGAAUAGGAGUUUCGAGAGGAGAGCAUGGGUUUGUGUGUCAGAUGUUUUUGAUAUUCUUGACAUAACAAAGACUAUUUUGCGGUCAAUCACCGGGUUGUCUUGCGAGGGUGAAGAUCUUAACGAGCUUCAAGUUAAGUUGAAGGACAAUCUAUCCGGGAAGAAGUUUCUUGUGGUUUUAGAUGAUAUCUGGAAUGAGAAGUAUGAAAAAUGGACUGCCCUCUUAAAGCCAUUUGAAGCGGGGGCUAAGGGAAGUAAGAUCAUUGUCACGACUCGCAACCUUACUGUUGUUUCCAUAGCAAGAGCUUCGCCGUAUCCCUUGAAGGAAUUGUCCCUUGAUAAUUGUACAAGCUUAUUAGCCUAUCAUGCUCUUGGAGCAACAAAUUUUGAGAGCCACCCGGAUUUUGAAAAAAUAGGCAAGAAAAUAGCUGAAAGAUGUAAAGAUUUACCUUUGGCAGCGAAGAUGUUGGGCGGUGUCCUAUGUACUAAAAGGAAUCCCGAUGAAUGGGAAGAUAUCUUAAAUAAAAGUAUAUGGGAUCUUCCGACGGCAGAGAAUGAUGAGGUUCUCCCAGUUUUAAAAUUGAGCUAUGUCCAUCUUCCUUCUUAUUUGAAGAGAUGUUUUGCUUAUUGUGCAGUAUUUCCCAAGGAUUACGAAAUUGUGAGGGAUGAGCUGAUACUCUUAUGGAUAGCACAAGGCUUUUUAGAUGGACAAGAAGCAAAUGAGAAUAUCUUGAAAUUGGGACAGAAGCACUUCGAUGAGUUGGUAUCUAGAUCAUUCCUUCUACAAUCAAGUGUCGACGCAUCUAAGUUUUUUAUGCAUGAUCUUUUGAAUGAUCUAGCAAAGUCAAUUGCAGGUGGUACUUGCUUUAGCUCAGGGGAGUCUCAACAGGUAGGUAAUGAACAUGAUGCCUCAUCUCUUGAAAAAACCCGUUAUGCACCAUUCUUCUCAUCGUGGUAUGUUACAUCAAAAUGCUUGAGAGCAUACCACGAAAUGAAGGCACUAAGAAGUUUAAUUCUGGUGAGUGCUGGAUCUAGUGGGGGCUCUUUCUCUAUUUCCAGCAAGGUGCUGCAUGACUUGCUAACAAACUUGAAGUACUUGAGGGUGUUCUCGUUAUAUCGUUGUGACAUUGCAGAGGUACCGAAUUGUGUAGGUGAUUUAAAACAUCUACGAUAUCUCAAUUUCUCAUACACUAAUAUCGAAAGGCUACCUGAGUCAAUCGUCUGCUUGUGCAAAUUACAAGCUUUGAUCUUAAGAGGUUGUCAAAACCUUUCAAAGUUGCCUCAAGGUAUCACAAAGUUGGUCAGCUUACAGUUUCUUGACAUUAGAGAUACAAGGAGUCUAAAAGAGAUGCCAUUGGGUAUCAGUAAUUUAAAGAAUCUUACGACCUUGUCCAAGUUUGUGGUAGGACCAGAAAAAGGGUAUCAGUUAGAGGAGUUAAAGACCUUGCCUCAUCUUCAAGGAGAACUAUUUAUAUCAGAAUUGCAAAAGGUGGAAGAAGUUAGAGGGGCAAUUGAUGCUAAUUUGUUUCGAAAGCGAGGCCUUACCAACUUAUCAUUGCAUUGGGAUGAACAAUUGGGAAAUCUCCGAAAUCAUGAGCACGAAGCACAGGUGCUUGACUCUCUGCGACCUCACACUAAUCUUGAAAAUCUCACUAUUUUGAACUAUGGUGGUGCAAUAUUCCCGUCAUGGUUAGAUGGUUCAUCCUAUCCUAAGAUAGUGUCUUUGUGCUUGCGAGGCUGUCCUAAUGUUAUAUCGAUGCCCCCGCUUGGACAACUACCUUCACUUAAGGAAUUAUCUCUUGAAGGUCUGCAUGCAGUAAGAAUGAUAGGGUCUGAAUUUUACGGAGGUAAAAGGCCUUUUCCAUCUUUAACCACUUUGAAGUUCGAAGAGAUGUUGACAUGGAAUGAUUGGUCUCGUUAUGUCGGGGGCAAGAAAGAAGAAGUCCCAUUGCCCUGUCUUCAGCAUCUUGUUGUUCGGGGCUGUCCUUCGCUGGUCGGGACAUUGCCUUGUCAACUUGAUUGUCUCAUGAAGCUUGAAAUUCAUUCAUGCCCUCAAUUGAAUAAAUCAAUCAGUGUGGUUUGUCUUCCAUCUCUUCGUAAGUUAUACCUUGAAAAUUGUAACAAGGAGAUCUUAAAGAGCUUUGUCAACCUAACUUCUUUGACCAUUCUUAGAAUUAAAAAUCUAGCCGAGCUCGUUUGCCUUGAUCAUGGGUUUAUGAGCUGCUUGGUCAAGUUAAAGGAGCUUUAUAUAGGACGGUGUGACAAACUAACAUACUUGUGGCAAGAUGGAAAUGAAAUGCUAAAUCUCACUUGCCUCCAGGAAUUAGACAUUGAAAGCUGUCCCCGAUUCACAUCUUUUGUGGUAGGAGAAGGAGAAAUAGAGCUGCCCUGUAACCUUGAAAGGAUGGCAUUGAGUAAUUGCAUGAGUUUAGAAAAGCUUCCGAGCAAGAUGUGCACACUCGUUUAUGUGGUUAUUCAUGAGUGUCCAAAACUCAUAGGACUAACCAUUCCUCCAUAUGACCCCAGCAACAACCCGAUAUCUCGACUUGAUUUUUUGCGGAUAGGUAAAUGUGAUUCUCUGACAUCCUUUCCCUUUACCAAGAGUGGACUUACUGCUCUAAAGACACUAACUAUUUACGAGUGCAAGGGAGUGGAGUCGCUGGAAGAGAUCGCCAUAGAAUCGCUGAAUUCUUUGACUAUUGACGGGUGUGAGAAUCUGAGAAGUCUACCACAGUGUCUUCACAUGCUUACCCAUCUCACUCGUUUGGAAAUAGAUAACUGUCCAGCACUUGAGAUAGAGAACUUCCCUCCCCUUCCCCUCACCCUAUCGACUCUUGAACUUGUUAAUUGUCCGAAGAUAAAGUCUAUUGGCAGCUGUAACAAUCUCAAUGAAUUGGAAAUAAGGGAGUGUCCAGCAUUGGAGAUAGAAAACUUCCCUCCCCUUCCCAUCACCCUGUUGAAACUUACACUUUGGAAUUGUCCGAAGAUAAAGUCUCUACCAAAUCAGUGGCAUCAUCUUACAUCCUUCCUGAGGCUACAUAUUAACAAUUGCCAAAAUAUCAAAUGCUUGCCCAAAGGAGGUUUGCCUCCCAAUUUGCGGUACCUUAGAAUUGAAGGCUGUGAGAAUCUGAAGCAGCCAGUAAGAGAAUGGGGCUUACCCAUGCUCACAUCUCUCCAGACUCUGACAAUUGACGGAAGGAGCAUGGGAGAGGAGGGAGAGAAGGUGUGUUUUCCUUCAGAGGAGGAAGAGGAUGUGUGGAGUCUUCUCUUUCCUUCCUCUCUAACCUCUCUUUCGAUUAAAAAAAUGAGGAAUGUGGAAAGACUAUCAAACGGUCUUCGCCACCAUCUCUCAUCUCUCAAAGAGUUAGAGAUUGUGAAUUGCCCGAAGUUGAGGUACUUGCCAGAGGAUGGCCUCCCUCCCUCCCUCCAAGAAUUGGCAAUAGCAAGAUGCGAGAUUCUGAAAGAUCGAUGCUCAAAACUCACUGGUGAUUAUUGGCCCCUCAUCCAAGAGAUCCCUAGCAUUGAGAUUGAUCGGGUUCGGAUCCGAUGAAUUGGUUCUUCCAUGUACGCGGUCAGUUUUCUACGGUUCGGAUUUUUGGAUGAGGAAUGUGGAAAGACUAUCAACAGUGGAGUAUGUAAGAAGCGUGGAGUAUUCUGUUUCCUUUGGCUCUACCUCAGUUUGGUUGAGAAAUAUGAGGAACGUGGAAAGAUUAUCAAGUGGUCUUUGCAGCCAUCUCUCCACUCUCAAACAGCUACAUUUUGUAGGUUAUCGGAACUUGCCAGAGGAUGGCUUCGUUCCCACCUCCAAGUAUUCGGCAUAAUUCAAUGUGAAAUUCUGAAAGAUGCUCAAAACUCGGUGGUGACUAUUGGCACCUCAUCCAAGAAAUCCCACUCAUCGUCGUUGAUCGAGUUCGGAUCCAAUAAGAAGAUAUCUCUCCAAUGUCUAAUUUUUGUUCUUCAGAAAGUUUAUGUUUUUCCAUGGACAAGCUUCACAUAAUUUUCCACAAACCAGCUAGACAUUUGGGUUGCUCUGUUUUGUUUGAUAAGGAAGCACACAAUGAAAUGGUUAAAAUGCUAACGUGGUACAGCAAGUCCACGAUUGUUUCCUACGAGUGGCUAUUCCUCAAAACAAAUACUUACAAGUUACAUGGACUUGCUCACAGUGCUGGAAUUGUGAUGCGUGGAUGUGCCUGUCUGGAUUGAUGAUAUAUCUUGAACUUCGUGUGGUGCCCAAAUAUGGCUUAUCUUUCCACUUACGGAAAUGCACUAUGCUUUGCGUGAGAAUCACGAAAAAUUGUUGCUCUUUUAUUGAUAUUUUUCUGCAAUUUCAGUGUUUCGUAUAUUCUCUUCCAAAUAUCUUCUUUUUAUGCCCUAACUCAAGUGACCUGAAUUCUCUCAACCGUGCUUAUUUGGCAGAAUAUCCCACUGUCACCAUUAUUUGGCAAAAUCUCUCAGGAGGAUCAAA